UAUUCCUCUCUUGGACAAUAUCGAUGAACUCUGUUGAUCAUAAGCAACCUCCGCCGGGGGAAGGUGGGAAACCUACCGUGAUUAAGAUUAGCUUUACCGGAGAGAACGCCGAAGUGAAAGUGGACAUGGAUGAACAUCACGUUGGCCACGGAGGCCACGGGGGAGAACUUGACAACACCAUCAAGGAGAACCAUGACAUCCUUCUAAACACCCUGGAGGUCAAUAGUGCGUUCCUCAUCGCCCUCUGUUCAGAAGGACUGCUUGAUUUAUCGGAAGCUUACAGAAUACAGAAAUCGGGUGACCAGGUGAAGGACUUGCUGAGGCUCUUGGAGGAGAAGAACGACCGGGGAGCAGUUGGUCACUUCCUACGAGCUCUGGAGAAAUCAGGCCAGUUGGACUUAACGAUACGCCUCACAAGCUACGACAGGGAAAUGCGAUAUGUAGGGAAAUGGCACUCAAAAUUGGCAUGUGAAAUCGAGGCCUUUAUCGAUCGUCUGGUUACUCAAGAAAGACGCCUCGGCAUGAAGAGCGACCCCCGAAAACUUAAGCUAGAUGAACCGGAUGCGAGAGAUACUCUCUCACUCUUACGAAGUGCGAAGUCGUUGCUAAUGGAGACGUGUACUCAGAUUGGGCGCUCGUCCGCUGUUCUCAGUAAACUUCAGCAUGACCGCUCAACUGUCACGACGAAGGCCACGGACAAUCUCGCGAGACUUCAAGAGUGUGAGGGCCUCUUCAGGGCGGCGUUCCCUGAGGAGGCCCGGCGGGUAGGGCGGAGUAAAGCCCUAAUGAAACUGAAUGACGAGAGUGAUAGGAUAAUGAGGUCGGUCCGUGAUAUCGUCAAGGAAUGCCAGAAUAGCUAUGAGAAGCAGAGACAUCUUACGGCGGACUGCAGCAUGACGAUUGAGCGGCUCAGCCACUUGGUCAAGAAUAGGGUUUCCGCCAUCGAGAAGACGAGCGUGUCUGUGUCGCCAAAACCGACGCCGAGGUCUCUCGCUGAUACGCCGAGGAAAAACAUCCAUAGGCACUCACAGGAAGGUGUAGGAUACCUGCUGGAGGAGCUAGACUCUCUGGAGAAGGAACUACAGAAAUACAUGACGCAAGAGAAAUCUACUCUGCAUAAACUCAAUGCUAUGAACUUACAACUCAGACUUACGAAAAUUCAUCUUGACCCCGAGGACAAAGAUUUGAAAGCGUUGGAGAAGGAGGUCAAUGCAGCGAACAAGCAGAGUACUUUGGUGAUAAUACGAACUUUGAUGGCACGGGUCCAUAAGGAGAAACGGGAGGCGCUGGCGUCCCUUGCAGAAAUAGAGAAACUCGUGGACGGCAGGAUUGCUUUGAUUGAAAAGCGGGAAGGAAAAACCUCGCCUGCCGCCUCCCCGAAGCAGAAGAAAGACCAGACCCAUCAUGGGGACAAGGAUAACCUUCCAUGGCGGGCGAAGCAUGUCCUUGAGAAGGUCAAGGCAUAUUCGGAUGUGGAGAAAGGCAUUUCGACGCAACACCUCGCGGACUUCGCGAAGAAAAGACGAGCGUUGACGGACGAGAUGACAGCCAUGCAGAAUGACAUCGAACUACUGGAAGAGAUGGCGAAGCGCUUCGAAGGGGAGAAAGAGAAGUACAAGAGGCUUUACGAUACGGAGAGGGUAAUAAAACACAAGGAUACAAGCAAGAAGAAAGAGGAUUCGAAGGUGUCCUCAAGGGGUCAGCGGAGGGUGAGACCUGUCUGGAAUUCUCACCUCUCUCUCGAGCAGAAGGAUCAGCAUCACAGGCGCCCCCUGCCGGCGACUUUCAACCAGUAUCUCUCCGAGAAAGGUCAACUCAAGCAUGAAUCGAGAUCUUCGUGGGAGAAACCAAUGAAUGGACAACCCGAGAAAAAGGUGGAGAAAAGCGAUAAGAAACCAAAUAAAUGUGCGACAAGUUAAAUGUUGACAACACUGCGUCAAA